UCCUUUGUUCCCAUUUCACACUCAUCAUUACUACUAAAAUAAAUGAUUUACAACCCACCGGAAAAAUUAUAACAUUCAAAAUCGAAUCAAAAACCUAUUAAAUAAAUCGGUGUCGAGCAUGAAGUAGCAGAUGUGGGAUUUGACAUUUGCCGACAACUACAUCAAAUUGGUCUCUAAAUCUAUCAAAAUUGACCAAAUCUGUCUUCAUUUCGUUUCCAAUUAGCCAGAAAAGUGACUCUCGGAUAAAGAGAUGGCAGUAAACCAGGCGGCGGCAUUGAAGGUGGGUUUGGGUUUAUUAGGUCUGUGUUUGUUCGGCUACAUAGUGGGUCCACCUUUGUACUGGCAUUUCAUGGAGGGCUUAGCAGCCGUUAGCCACAAUUCCAACACUUGCCCACCUUGCCUUUGCGAUUGCUCUUCCCAGCCUCUUCUCACAAUCCCCGAAGGACUGAGCAAUGCUUCAUUUGCAGAUUGCACGAAGCAUGAUCCAGAGGUGAGUGAGGAUACUGAAAAGAACUUUGCUGAACUUUUGACAGAAGAACUGAAGCUUAGAGAAGCUGAAGCUUUGGAAAGUCAGAAACGUGCGGACAUGGCACUACUUGAGGCCAAGAAGAUAGCGUCGCAGUAUCAAAAGGAAGCAGACAAGUGCAAUUCAGGUAUGGAAACAUGUGAAGAGGCAAGGGAGAAAGCUGAAGCAGCACUGGCGGCUCAGAAGAAGUUGACUGCAAUGUGGGAAUUAAGAGCUCGUCAAAAAGGGUGGAGAGAAGGGGUUGCCAAAUCUCAUACACAGUCACAGGGUAAUAUCCAGGCUGUCUAAAUGAUCUACCGUGGCCUUAUAGAAAAUUAUUAGAAAUUGUUUUUCUUUUUCACUCAGUACUGUUCAUGUUGAUUAUUAACUUAUUGCAUCUUACCGCAAAGCGGGCCAUACAGUCGUGGAUUCCAGAGUUAAUCCUGCAGGAUUUAUGAAUUUCAGUCAUAAAACGACAUGAGAAUGCAAUGAAAGUCACUUUUACCACUGUGGCAAAU